CGUGUACUACACGAAAGAAGGCCAAGUGGGAGAUUUGUGUCCACACCUACCAGGAGGCAAGCACACAAAUAUAUUUUGGCUUUUCAAAAUGAAUCCAAAAUGUGCUCGUUGUGAUAAGACAGUUUAUCCCGUAGAAAAACUUAAUUGUCUCGACAAGUACUGGCACAAGAAAUGCUUCACUUGCGAAGUUUGCAACAUGAAACUCACGAUGAAGAAUUACAAGGGAUACAACAAGAAUCCCUACUGCAACGCACAUUACCCAACAACAAAGUUUACAGCAGUGGCAGAUACCCCUGAAAAUAAACGACUUUCACAACAAACAAAAUCACAAAGUCAGGUGGAGUAUCAUAAGAAAUUUGAGGAAGAAAAGGGUCAUUACACAGCAGUAGCUGAUGAUCCAUCGACAGAGCGUGCAAAACGAGCUAUGCAACAGCAAAGUAAUGUUGCUUAUACAAGAAGAGAUGAUGGUGAUGAUGGUCAUGCAGGGUACAGACCACCACCAUCUCACGCUCAACCUGACCGUGGAUAUACAGCCCCUGCACCUGCACCUGCACCUGUACCUGCCUAUAUACCCGAGCCUGAACCCACUCCACAACCUGCACCUGAACCACCAACUCUGCAGCCUCGCUACCGCGCACUGUAUGACUACACAGCUGCUGACGAGGAUGAGAUCACUAUUGCUGAAGGUGACAUCAUUAUUGAUGCAAACAUCAUUGAUUCAGGAUGGAUGGAAGGCAGGAACCAGAGAACAGGACAAUUUGGUAUGCUUCCCUCAAACUAUGUGGAGGAAAUAUAAUUGAUUUGAACAUUACAUUUACCGGACGUGAUUUAAAGCUUUGUAAUGGAAGUCGUGUGUAAUUUACGACCCCUUAGGAUAUACUUGUAGGUGUAGUAGAAUAAUGUAGCAAUUUCAUCAAAGCAUCUAUACUGUAGUGUGAAUUUUUAACAAGUGAUUUAACAUUUU